CGGUUCAAAAGGGACCGGACUGGACUACCGUGACCAAAGCUACUUUUGGAGUUUGAACUGUAUCCCUUUUCCUCUGAACAAAACCAUCCACAUUGUGAUCAAUUCCAACAACCUGCGAAUUCACAGGAACUCUCUGAUAUACACAGAAGCCAAAGAAGAGUUCGCUCGAGCGCAGAUCUGCCGGCGAACACAAGCGGUCGGUAGGGGUGAUCAUCGGCAAAGAUAGGAGCGUGCCUGUCAAGCGGGAGGACCCCAGCCGGGGGGGUUAAACCCUUGGCGGGUCCGAAGAUGCUUUCCAGGAGACUCUCGUCUCCGAUUCCCAUCCGGUCGUCGCCGUUGCAGUUGCCGGAAAACGCUUCCGGCAGCAGCGGGAGUGGAGACGCGAAGAUGAAGGUUUUGUUCAAGUCCAAGCCUAGGACUCCCGUUGACCUCGUUCGUCAGACUCGCGAGUUCCUCAUCUACGCUGAACACAGCUCAGAUUCCGAUCCUCGUGAGAGCAAGCGCGAAGAAAAGAUGGUUGAGUUGAGCAAGCUUAUUCGGGAUUUAAAGCAUGUUCUUUAUGGGAAUAGUGAAGCUGAGCCUGUAGCAGAGGCUUGCACCCAAUUGACUCAAGAAUUCUUUAGAGAGAACACUCUGCGCUUGUUAAUAAGCUGCCUUCCUAAAUUUAGUUUAGAGACUCGUAAAGAUGCCACUCAGGUUGUUGCAAAUCUGCAAAGGCAACAAGUUCAGUCACGGUUGAUUGCUUGUGAUUACUUGGAAGCUAAUAUUGAUCUGAUGGAUAUAUUGGUAGCCGGUUAUGAUAAUGCGGACAUGGCAUUGCAUUAUGGCUCUAUGUUGAGGGAAUGCAUUCGCCAUCAGAGUGUUGCCAAGUAUGUGUUGGAAUCCGAGCACAUGAAGAGGUUUUUUGAGUACAUACAGUUUCCAAAUUUUGACAUUGCUGCAGAUGCUGCUGCAACUUUCAAGGAACUAUUGACAAGACACAAAUCUACAGUAGCAGAGUUUCUCUCGAAGAACUAUGAUUGGUUUUUUGCAGAGUACAACUCAAAGCUGCUAGAGUCUGCCAAUUAUAUUACUAGAAGACAGGCUGUUAAACUAUUGGGGGAUAUUCUACUGGACAGAUCUAACUCUGCAGUAAUGACACGAUAUGUAAGCUCAAGGGACAACUUGAGAAUUUUGAUGAAUCUUCUCAGGGAGACUAGCAAGAGCAUUCAGAUUGAAGCAUUUCACGUUUUUAAGUUAUUUGCGGCCAACCAGAAUAAGCCUCCAGAUAUUGUUGGCAUCCUUGUUGCAAACAAAAGCAAGCUUCUUCGCCUCUUUGCUGAUUUUAAGACGGACAAAGAGGAUGAGCAGUUUGAGGCAGACAAAGCUCAAGUUGUAAAAGAAAUCGCGGCCCUUGAACCGAAAGAUCGUUCAUGAGAGUGCUGCUUUGCUUUUAGUUAACAUCUUAUUAUUAUUAUUUAUUAUGAUUAUUCAUUCAAAUUAUUGUUUUAUAUUCCAUUGUUUUGGAGAGUUAUGAUACUCAAUACUCUCUGUCUCAUAAACGGAGUCAUCAGUUUUUUAUAUGUACAUGUUUUUUUUAAAUAUAAAUUUUAGUGGGACACCGCAACUAUUAGAGAUGAUCAUAUAUAGCUACGUUUUUAAAUUUAUUUGUUGGAUAGAUAAAUUUUUUAUAUUGAA